CCGCCAAUCUGCCAACACGUACAUCCAGAACAAUGUCCAUAUUUUUAUCUAAAUUCAGCCAUGAGUCGUCUUUCCAGUCCAAUUCGCAUCCUUGUUUCCAGCAAGUAGCCAUGACACCCAAGUUCUUUGUAAUCGCUCGUGUUGUCGGACGAGAUGGAGCUAUUGAUCUCGUGUCGGCUACAGAACCAUACGGCGACUCGUACUACUGGGGUCAAGAUGCCGAUGGUGAGCCCGACACGCUCUGGGGUCUAGAAGGAUACACACAUCCAAUUGGAUUCUUCAUCGACCAUGUUUCAUCAGACAUUUUCAAAAAGGAGAUGGUACUUGUUGACAAGGACAGACUUCUACGAACGGCCCAAGGCCUGGACAGCCCGGACUACGAUCUCCAUCAUUAUGAUGAGUUUGGAGGUUUUCUCAAAAGACCUGAUGAUGUCGAAAGAGAUUCUGUGCGAAGCUUCGUGGUAGUGAAGCACUUUUGGGCGAAGAGCGAGACUGUGAGAAGCGAGAUGCUAAAUUCACUAGCACAGUUCGCCGAAAGAUUGUCUUCUGGCUCUCCUCAGAUUCAGAGUGCGCUGGUGCUGAAGGAAUGUCGGGAUACGAGCAUGGCAACAAUCUGGCUCAGGCUGGCCUCGGAGGAUGACUGGAAUUCGUUUGAGGGAUCAGGUCGAAUGCAAGAACUUGUUGACAGUGUAAAGGCGCAUUGCACUCGUAGUGAAACACAUCGGUCUCGAGUCUUUAACGGUCAUUUGGGGAUAAAAGGUUAGAUCAAGUAGCACAACAAGCAAAUCGCGGUGUUCUUAUUUGUCCAAGAUCUUGCGUACAUCCAUCAUAUUUGGCAUCUAAGCUGCUCAGAAAGACGCAGCUAACCAUAAUACGUUCCCAUUUCGGCAUGGACAUGCUUCUAAAAUGAAGAUAAAAAAGAAAUAGGCAAUUUGAUUAGCAAUAUUCCAAAUUGUGAGUCUAUUCUGCGUCUUGAUAUUUCGGAUGUCGAAUUAUAACUAGCUAGCAUGUGAAUUCUAAUCGACUGAGUCGGAGAACCAUGCCUUAGUUAUUGCGUUCUUUACUCUGAACAUCAUG